AUGAAUGCCCAGGGGUACAAGUUGCUGUUGUACGUUGUUACAAACGACGGUGAUGACUGGGAAACACCAAACGCUCUUGUUAUACCAGUAAAUAGCCACGAUUUUAAGGUCACGCUAGGGUAUAUAAGGAGUAUUUUCCCACUUCCUGGCAACUAUCACUUCAGAACCAGAUAUAAGCACGGAAACGGAUACGUAUGGCUAGACUUAACCAGAGAUGACGAAGUUUUGCAAAGUGUAGAUAAUAUUCUAAGAUUAAGCAGUGAAACUAAAGGAGAUAACUACGUAAAAAAAGUAAAUCUAUUGCCAGAAAGUAAAGCAAAGGAGACGGAUUUUGAUUUAAUAUAA